UAUAAAUCAUUGUGAUGGAUAAAUAUAUUAUCAUUAUAAUGCAUCUGGCUGAUGCGUAGAUAAAAGCAUCUUUAUGUCACAUCUUUCAUAUUAUAUGUAUAUUUGUGCAGGUUGUAAUAUACGAAAUGGAAAAUUAUAUUCAACAAGCGAAACCAGAAGAGAAGGAUAUAUUUCAAAAAUAUAUUAAUAAAUGCAAAUUAUUUUAUGGAAUAACAUUAUGCUGGAUAACUAUAACUGCUGUCGCAAUUAUUUUUGGUCCACUAUUGCUACCUCAGCCCUUUCCAAUUGAAGUAGAGUACCCAUUUUAUGUGGGCCAACAACCGUUAAAAACUAUCAUUUAUCUGCAUCAUGCGAUGGUCGUAUAUCAAAGUUAUGUACAAGUAUGCAGCAAUGUUUUUGUAGCUGUUCUACUUUGGUUUGUAGCGGCAAGAUUUGAAAUUUUAUCUCACAAAUUUCGCAAAGUUAGAAGUUUCUCAGAGUUUAAAAUCUGUAUACAAAUGCAUCAACGGCUCUUACGAUAUGCGAAAGAUGUUACCAUGACGGUCCGAUAUAUAGCAUUGUCAUCAAUAGGAUUUAGUACUGUAGCAGUAGUAUUCAGCGGUCUUACCUUUUUGAGUCGACCACCAUUAACUAUAAAGGCCCAAUUUUUGACUGUUGGUGCAUCUUCACUUAUAGAAGUUUUUGUUUGCGCGUGGCCAGCUGAUUAUGUUUUAAGUAUGAGUAAUAACAUUGGCCAUGCUGUAUACGAAUCAUUAUGGUAUAAGAAAGAAGUGUCUUUACAAAAAGACUUAUUAUACAUUACAUUGCGAUGCCAGCAGCCAGUAUCUGUAACUGUACCAUGCAUGCUACCGACUCUUUCACUUAAUUACUAUGCUUCUUAUUUAUCAACUACGUUUUCCUAUUUGACAACUUUUCGAGUAAUUUUUGCCGUAGAAGAUGGACUAGGAAUAUGAUAGAUUGUACGUAUUAUGCUUUUUUAAUGUAAAGAAAAUAUAUAGUACUGUAAAUAUUUAAUGUGUACACUGUUAGUAUUUAACAUUGAAUUCAUAUUAUGCUAUAGUGACAUGAUACGACAAAAUAUUCUUCCAUAAGUACAUAUUUGUCUUUACGUAUCAUUAAAAAUUCCAUAUGAAUGAAUACGUUUAUUAUGUAUGUUAUAAAAGAAUAUUUUGUCAUGUUACA